AUGUCUACUACCGAUCAAGAGCAGCAACCUGUUGCCAACGACGGUCCUGUCAUUGUCGCUGAUGAUUUUAGCGUCGCAUCUUCAAGCACUAGCUUGGCAAGCUCGAUCCUCAACCACCGUAUCGAGAACGGCAGAACCUACCACCGAUACAAAGACGGCCAAUACAGCUACCCUAACGAUGAGAAGGAGGCCGAUAGGCUAGAUCUGCAGCACAACGUCUUCCUCCUGACCCUCGACUAUAGGCUCGGUCUCGCGCCCAUCGCCCAGCCUGAGGCUAAGGUAGGCCGCGUGCUCGACGUGGGUACCGGCACUGGACUCUGGUGCGUUGAAUUCGGCGAUGAACAUCCCGACGCCGAGGCGGUGGUCGGUCGUACUAAUGUUCUCUUGUCUAGCGUACCGCCCAACGUCAAAUUCGAGGUUGACGACCUCGAAGAGCCUUGGACAUACCACACCAAGUUUGACUACAUCCACACCCGCGCAAUGACCUCAAGCAUCUCCGACUGGAAGAGAUUCUUCAAACAAUCAUACGACUUCCUCGAACCAGGCGGCUUCCUCGAGCUUCAAGAAGGCCAUAUGCGCCCCGAAUGCGACGACGGCACCCUCAAGCCCGACAGCCCCCUAAUCGAAUGGGUCGACCGCCUCGAAGAGGCCUGCAACAUCUUUGGCCGUCCCUUUGUCGACUGCCCCGGUCUCAAGCCCCUCCUUGAAGAAGUCGGCUUCGAGGACGUCGUCGUCACAAAGUACAAGUGGCCGCUCAACGCGUGGCCCAAGGACCCGCACUAUCGCGAGCUCGGUAUCUGGACGCUCGAGAAUAUGCUCGAGGGGCUCGAGGCGUGGAGCAUGGCGCCGUUCACGCGGGCGCUCGAAUGGACAAUGGAGGAGGUGAAUGUGUUUCUGAUUGGGGUGAGGAACGAGUUGAAGAAUAAGAAUAUGCAUGGGUAUAUACCUGUGUACAUCAUUCACGCGAGAAAGCCGCUCAAAGAGACUGAGGAAAAUGAAGAAGCAUCUUGA